AUGAGCCUCGCCUCGGCCUCGCCACGACCCGCCCGCGGCCGCGAGUUGCGCAUCGGCAGCCUCAACAUCCGGUACGACUACCACGCGCGGCACCCGGUCCUCUCGAGCGCCCUCUCGCUCGGCGCCAAGGUCGGGCUCGGGUCGUCCGGCGCAGGCGGCGCCGAUGAGCGGUACGGCGAGCGGCGGUGGGCCGAGCGGCGCGAGGCGCUCAUGGACCUCGUGCGGUGGGAGGACCUCGACGUGAUCGGGUUCCAGGAGGUGCUGUGGGGCCAGCUCGGCGACCUGAGGGAGCUGUUGGGCGAGGACGAGUGGGGCUUCGUCGGCGUCGGUCGCGACGACGGGCGCGAGAAGGGCGAGGCCGUCCCCAUCUUCUUCCGCCGGUCCCGCCUCACCCUCCUCUCGACGACGCACCGCUGGCUCUCGCCGACGCCCACUAAGCCCGGCUCGAAAGGCUGGGACGCCGGGCAGCCCCGCAUGGUGACGCUCGCCCGGUUUCGCGACCAGGGCGGCGACGGCACGGCCGAGGUCCUCGUCGCCAACACGCACUGGGACGACCGCGGCCUCGAGGCGAGGACGCAGAGCGCCAAGCUCAUCCUGCGGCUCGUCGCCGAGGAGCUCGCUGCAGCACGCGCCGAGGGCAGCGCCGAGCCGCUCGCCAUCGUCCUGGGCGACCUCAACUCGCCGGCCGAAGAGGACGGGUACCAGGUGUUGACGGGGCGGCGGUACCCGUACGAGGCGGGCCCAGGAGCAGGAGAGAAGGCCGACGAGGCGCAGACGAGCUGCUACGAUGCUCGGCACGAGCUCGCCGUGCGAGGGUCGGCGCUCGCAGGUCCGGGAGCGCUCAGCAGUCGAUACGGCCCGCUCAACACGUUCACCGGCUUCACGCCGUCAGACGAGCCCAAGGUCAUCGACUUUAUCCUUCCUUACGCCAACGCCGCCUUCCUCCCUUCCCGCUCCUCCUCCUCGCCAUCCUCAGCAGCCCCGCCCUCGAGCUCGACGCUGCCCGUCUCGCCGCGACAGCCGCAGUGGAAGGUCGGCAAGUACGGCGUCGUGCAGAACUCGUUCGAGGACCUCGCCGGGCGACGACCACCGGGCGACGAGGGACGCAGGGACGCGAUGGUGCGCAGCGACCAUCGGCUCGUCGUCGCAAGGUUUGAGGAGGUGGUCGCACGCGGCGGCGGGGCGGCGGCGCAGAUGGAGGAGCGAGCGGCGGUGCAGGAGGAGGUCUUCGAUUGCGGCGGGACGGCCCUCAUGGGCGACCUCUGCACCAUCUGCACGUCGGACGACCCGGUCGUCGUGCUCGAGGUGUCGCGCGCCGUCCUGUGCGUCGGCAGCCAGGUGCUCGCCGAGCGACUCGCCGACUCGAAGACGACCUACCUCAACGUGUGCGAGACGGCAGCGCACCUCAAGCCGUUCCUGCGUCUCCUCAACAUGUCGCACGACGACGGCGACCCGAUCGGCGAGCUCGAGUGCGAGGACUGGCCCGUCGUUGCUCGCCUCGCCAAGCAGUUCAAGUCGCGCAGCGUCUCGGUCGCCGCUCUCGCCAUCUGCUGGAAGUGGGCCAGCGCCGACGGCACCGACAGCCCCGAGCGCGUCGCCGCUUUCCAGACGGCGGUCGAGCUCGGCAGCCAGUACCUCGCCAAGCACUUCAUGCUUCGCCUCCUCGAGUACCAGUUCAAGGACGAGAUCGAGAGGGCGCUCGCCGGGCACGAGGACAAGUUCGCCGAGUGGACCGCCUCGCUCAAGAUCCACGCCUUCGAGUGCGCUCUCAAGCCGCCUGACCUGUCGCAGUGCGAGACGUGCACCGAGGAGCACGGCGAGACGCUCGCCGAGGCGCGCUGGUACCAGGCGAUGCGCACUGCCCUCGCCGACUGGAAGCCGAUGCGCGCCGGUCACCCGUUCCUGAGCUAUGCGCGCGGCGCGAGCGAGGCGUCGGGCCUGUGCAGCGUGUGCGAGGACGCGUUCGACGAGCGCGCGGCCGCGUUCGAGCAGGAGUUCCGUGACUCGGCGCCCGAGUUUCCCCUCUGA